UUAACUUAUGCUGAGGAGAGAAAACUAUUGAGAAGAGUUGAUUUGCAUUUAAUGCCCCUAAUGAUAUUAUUGUACCUUUGCAAAAAUUUGGAUGUCAACAAUAUCAGUUAUUUAACUACAAUGAACAAGGGAACCCAUUAUAACGUUUUGACAGAGCUUGAAAUGACUAAAGAUGAUUGGUCUUGGACAAGUACUAUAUAUUUUAUUCCAUUCAUCAUAUUUGAAAUUCCUUCAACAAUCAUGAUGAAAAAAUCUACACCUAAAGUUCAUUUGUUUAGAAUUGCUUUCCUAUGGGGUGCUGUUACUGCUUGUCAAGCUGCUGUUAAAAACAAAGCUGGAUUGUAUGCGUUACGCUUCUUACUUGGAGCAGCAGAGGCUGGGAUGUACCCUGGAAUGCUAAGUUUAUUAUGUUUCUGGUAUAGACCAGAUGAAAUCACUACGAGAAUGGCUUUCUUGGGUGUGUUGGGAUCGUUUUCCAAUAUUUUAACAGCAUUUAUCACUUAUGGUUUCAGUUUUGCCAGUGGAAAGGGAGGCUUAUCUGGUUGGCAAUGGGUUUUCCUUAUUGAAGGUAUCUUCACUGUGCUCUGCUCGUUUUUGAUUCUUUUCUAUUUACCUAAUUAUCCAGAUUCUGCAAUCAAUUGGUUAGAAGAAGAGGAAAAAGCAUACUUAUUGGCCAGAUUACCUCCACAAUCUCCCAAAUCAACUGAUGCAAAUAUAAGUUUACCAGAUAUUCAAAAGGCCUUGCUGCUCUCAACAACCUGGGCAUUCUCCUUUUUGAGAUUGUUUCAAAAUUUAGGAACUUAUGGGCUGGCAUUUUGGUUGCCUUCAAUUAUCCAGGAAUUUGGUUUAGGAGCUCCACAGACAGCACCACUAUUAAGUGUUCCAUCUGCAGCAAUGGCUGUACUUUCAGGAAUUUCAUUUUCAUACCUUGUUGAUAGGGCUUAUUUUCCUUCAGGUUAUCUUGUCUUUGCCUCUUUAGUGGUUUCAUUGAUUUCAUUCAUAGUUAUGACAACAGUUCACCUCAAACCAGUCAUUUAUGCAUUUAUCAUAGUUGCAACACUUUCAUCUGCUGCCGAUAAUACAGUUAUGAGCUCCUGGAUGACCCUUACAUUGGAAGGUUCUUCUCAGAUUGGGUUUGCAUUUGCCUUUUCAAACUCACUGGGUCAAUUGGGUGGUAUAAUUGGUCCUCAGAUUUUUAGAGCUCGUUAUGCUCCUACUUAUACGGUACCAUAUGCUGUGUGUUUAGCAUUUCUUGGUCUGGCAAUGAUCAUUGUUACAUUUAUUUGGUUGAAAACUAAAAACGUUACUUACAAAUCGAUGAGAGAAAGAAGACAAAGAUUG